CCGCAGUCGCCGGCCGAGUGGCCUCCGCGCCCGCCGCGGCCGCUCGGGCUCCCCCAAACAUGUCGGCGCCGCUCGGGCCGCGGGGCCGCCCGGCGGCCGCCCCGGCGGCCUCGCAGCCGCCGCCGCCGCCGCCGCAGCCCGAGAUGCCCGACCUGAGCCACCUCACGGAGGAGGAGAGGAAGAUCAUCCUGGCCGUCAUGGACCGCCAGAAGAAGGAGGAGGAGAAGGAGCAGUCGGUGCUCAAGAUCAAAGAAGAACACAAACCACAACCGACACAGUGGUUUCCCUUUAGUGGGAUCACUGAACUGGUAAAUAACGUUCUUCAGCCCCAGCAAAAACAGCAAAAUGAAAAGGAACCACAGACAAAGCUUCAUCAGCAGUUCGAGAUGUACAAGGAGCAGGUAAAGAAGAUGGGGGAGGAGUCGCAGCAGCAGCAAGAGCAGAAGGGCGACGCCCCCACCUGCGGAAUCUGCCACAAGACCAAGUUUGCUGACGGGUGCGGCCACAACUGUUCCUACUGCCAAACCAAGUUCUGUGCGCGGUGCGGAGGCCGCGUGUCCCUGCGCUCCAACAAGGAGGACAAAGUGGUUAUGUGGGUAUGUAAUUUGUGCCGAAAACAACAAGAAAUCCUCACUAAAUCAGGAGCAUGGUUUUAUAAUAGUGGAUCUAAUACAUCACAGCAACCAGAUCCAAAGGCUCUUCGAGGACUGAGGAAUGAGGAGGCGCCUCAGGAGAAGAAAGCAAAGCUUCACGAACAGGCCCAGUUCCAAGGACCCUCAGGUGACUUAUCUGUACCUGCAGUGGAGAAAAGUCGAUCUCAUGGGCUCACAAGACAGGAUUCUAUUAAAAAUGGGUCAGGAAUGAAGCACCAAAUUGCCAGUGACAUAGCUUCAGACAGGCAAAGAAGUCCUUCGGUGUCUAGAGAUCAGAGCAGGAGGUACGAGCCAAGGGAAGACAGAGAGGACUAUUCACAAUAUGCUCCAUCGGACAGUGCCAUGCUGGGCUCUCCCUCUGACUACCCGGACAUGCGGUCUCAGCGGGAACCCCAGUUUUAUGAAGAUUCUGAUAAUCUAAGUUACAGGGAUUCCAGCAGGAGAAGUCACCGGCAUUCCAAAGAGUACCUUGAAGAUGAUGAGGAUGUGGAGAGCAGAGAUGAGUACGAGAGACAAAGGAGAGAGGAGGAGUACCAGGCGCGCUACCGGAGCGACCCCAACCUGGCCCGUUAUCCAGUGAAGCCACAGCCCUAUGAGGAACAAAUGCGGAUCCAUGCCGAAGUGUCCAGGGCACGGCACGAGAGAAGGCACAGCGAUGUUUCUCUUGCCAACGCUGAGCUGGAAGAUUCCAGGAUUUCCAUGCUGAGGGCUGACCGCUCCCCUAGGCAGAGAUCCAUAUCAGAGCGCAGAGCGGCCUUGGAGAACCAACGGUCUUACUCCAUGGAAAGAACUCGAGAGCCCCAGGGGCCAAGUUCUUAUCCACAAAGGACCACAAACCAUAGCCCUCCCACCCCCAGAAGGAGCCCCAUCCCCAUUGAUAGACCAGACUUGAGACGUGCUGACUCCCUCCGGAAGCAGCAUCAUUUAGACCCUAGCUCCGCGGUCAGGAAAACUAAACGGGAAAAAAUGGAAAGCAUGCUAAGGAAUGAUUCGCUCAGUUCGGACCAGUCCGAGUCAGUGAGACCUCCACCACCAAAGCCUCAUAAAUCAAAGAAAGGAGGUAAAAUGCGCCAGGUAUCAUUGAGCAGUUCAGAGGAAGAAUUAGCUUCCACUCCUGAAUAUACAAGUUGUGAUGAUGUUGAGAUUGAAAGUGAGAGUGUGAGUGAAAAAGGGGACAGUCAAAAGGGAAAAAGAAAAACUAGUGAGCAGGCAGUUCUGUCGGACUCUAACACCAGGUCUGAGAGACAAAAGAAAAUGAUGUACUUUGGUGGCCACUCUUUGGAAGAGGAUUUGGAAUGGUCCGAGCCUCAGAUUAAGGACUCUGGGGUAGAUACGUGUAGUAGCACAACCCUUAACGAAGAACAUAGCCAUAGUGAUAAGCACCCUGUGACAUGGCAACCAUCCAAAGAUGGAGAUCGUUUAAUUGGUCGAAUUUUAUUAAAUAAACGUUUAAAAGAUGGAAGUGUACCUCGAGACUCAGGAGCAAUGCUUGGUUUAAAGGUUGUAGGAGGAAAGAUGACUGAAUCAGGUCGGCUGUGUGCAUAUAUUACCAAAGUGAAAAGGGGAAGUUUAGCUGAUACGGUAGGGCAUCUUAGACCAGGUGACGAGGUGUUAGAGUGGAAUGGAAGGCUAUUGCAAGGAGCCACGUUUGAGGAAGUGUAUAACAUCAUUCUGGAAUCCAAACCUGAACCACAGGCAGAACUUGUGGUUUCAAGGCCCAUUGGAGAUAUCCCUAGAAUACCAGAUAGCACACAUGGACAACUGGAGUCCAGUUCUAGUUCAUUUGAAUCUCAAAAAAUGGAUCGGCCUUCUAUUUCCGUUACCUCACCCCUGAGCCCUGGCAUGUUGCGAGAUGUCCCCCAGUUCCUCUCUGGACAGCUUUCAAGCCAAAGCCUUAGUAGAAGAACAACGCCUUUUGUUCCUAGGGUUCAGAUAAAACUAUGGUUUGACAAGGUUGGUCACCAGUUAAUAGUUACAAUUUUGGGAGCAAUGGAUCUCCCUUCCAGGGAAGAUGGGAGGCCAAGGAAUCCUUAUGUUAAAAUUUACUUUCUUCCAGACAGAAGUGAUAAAAACAAGAGAAGAACUAAAACAGUAAAGAAAACUUUGGAACCCAAAUGGAACCAAACAUUCAUUUAUUCUCCAGUUCACCGAAGAGAAUUUCGGGAACGAAUGUUGGAGAUUACCCUUUGGGAUCAAGCACGAGUUCGAGAGGAAGAAAGUGAAUUCUUAGGAGAGAUCUUAAUUGAAUUGGAAACAGCGUUACUAGAUGAUGAGCCACACUGGUACAAGCUCCAGACCCAUGACGUCUCUUCAUUGCCACUGCCCCACCCUUCUCCAUACAUGCCUCGACGCCAGCUCCAUGGAGAGAGCCCCACACGGAGGCUACAGAGAUCAAAGAGAAUAAGUGAUAGUGAAGUUUCUGACUACGACUGUGAUGAUGGAAUUGGUGUAGUAUCAGGGUCCCCUCAUCGAGUUGAUGUAGCAGGAAGGACUAGAUCAUGGUCCCCCAGCGUCCCUCCUCCACAAAGUCGGAAUGUGGAACAGGGGCUUCGAGGGACACGCUCAGCUACUGGACAUUACAAUACAAUUAGCCGAAUGGAUAGGCAUCGUGUGGCGGAUGACCGUUACUCUCCAGACAGAGAGAGUCAUUUUCUUACUCUACCUCGCUCCAGAUACAGUCAGCCCAUUGAGCGCCACCACAGAGAUGGCAGGGCUUGUGAAGCAGCAGCUAGACAGCCAUAUCACAGAUCCAGAUCAACAGAACAGCGGCCUCUCCCGGAGCGGACCGCCGCCCGCUCCAGAUCCACUGAGCGUCCCGACACAAACCUCAUGAGGUCGAUGCCUUCAUUAAUGACGGGAAGAUCCGCCCCUCCUUCACCCGCCUUAUCGAGGUCACAUCCUCGCACUGGGUCUGUCCAAACAAGCCCAUCAAGUACUCCAGUGGCAGGAAGACGGGGCCGGCAACUUCCACAGCUCCCCACCAAGGGAACACUGGAGAGAACUCUUACUGUGAAUGAUUUCUACUUCUCUGCCUCUUUGCUUGACUUAGAAGGUGCUAUGGAUAUAGAGGAGAGAAAUCGCCAAAUGAAAAUUAACAAAUACAAACAGGUAGCCGGAUCAGAUCCCAGACUGGAACAAGAUUACCAUUCAAAGUAUCGAUCAGGAUGGGAUCCUCAUAGAGGGGCAGAUAAUAUUUCCACUAAAUCCUCGGACAGUGAUGUAAGUGACAUAUCUGCGGUUUCAAGGACUAGUAGUGCUUCUCGUUUCAGCAGCACAAGCUACAUGUCUGUCCAAUCAGAACGGCCCAGAGGAAACAAGAAAAUCAGGCCAAAGGGAAUAGAAGAGGGAGGGACAGAAGGGGCUAAGGACGAAGAGAUAGUUCAUGAGGAGAACGAGGUCAAGGAAGAAAGAAUUAAUGAGAAUGGGCAAGGGAAAGGAAUCGCACAAACAUGUAAUAAGGAGAAACACAGAGAAUCAGGAGACGAGGAAAAAACGCAGGAGAUACCUGAGCAGGGGAAAGAGAAAGAACAGUGGAAUAAAGAGGAUUUACAAAGGCAAUUUUCACAAGACAACGACAGUGUCUUUACCUCCAAAAUGCAAAGCAGACAAAUGGGCAUUUCAGGGAAGAACAUGACCAAAAGCACCAGCAUCAGUGGAGACAUGUGCUCGCUGGAGAAGAAUGACGGCAGCCAGUCGGACACCGCCGUGGGCACCCUGGGCACCAGCGGCAAGAAGCGUCACUCGAGCAUUGGGGCCAAAAUGGUAGCUAUCGUGGGCCUCUCUCGGAAGAGCCGAAGCGCGUCCCAGCUCAGCCAGACCGAGGCAGGGGGUAAGAAGCUCCGGAGCACUGUCCAGAGGAGUACAGAAACAGGCCUAGCUGUGGAAAUGAGAAACUGGAUGACUCGACAGGCAAGCCGGGAAUCAACAGACGGCAGCAUGAAUAGCUACAGCUCGGAAGGAAAUCUUAUUUUUCCCGGUGUCCGCUUGGCCUCUGACAGUCAAUUCAGUGAUUUUCUGGAUGGCCUUGGCCCUGCUCAGCUCGUUGGGCGCCAGACUCUGGCUACACCUGCAAUGGGUGACAUUCAGGUGGGAAUGAUGGACAAAAAGGGACAGUUGGAGGUAGAAAUCAUUCGGGCCCGUGGCCUUGUUGUAAAACCAGGUUCCAAGACACUGCCAGCACCAUAUGUCAAGGUGUAUCUGUUAGAUAAUGGAGUCUGCAUAGCCAAAAAGAAAACAAAAGUGGCAAGAAAAACGCUGGAACCUCUUUACCAGCAGCUAUUAUCCUUCGAAGAGAGUCCCCAAGGGAAGGUUUUACAGAUUAUCGUCUGGGGAGAUUACGGCCGCAUGGAUCACAAAUCUUUCAUGGGAGUGGCCCAGAUCCUAUUAGAUGAACUGGAGCUAUCCAACAUGGUGAUCGGCUGGUUCAAACUUUUCCCCCCAUCCUCCCUGGUUGAUCCAACUUUGGCCCCGCUUACAAGAAGAGCUUCCCAGUCAUCUCUGGAAAGCUCAACUGGACCUUCUUAUUCUCGUUCAUAGCAGCUGUCGGAACUGUUGUCAUAGCAACCAGCGUUACAAAAAAAGUGAAAAAAAAAAAAGAAACCAAGAAAAUCACAGGUCGCAAACCCUGGUAACACUGCAUGCUUUACUGUUGUGUCUUCGGAGCCUGUUUCUCGGGAUACGGAGCGAUCCUGUGUUCUCAGAGGAAGUCGCACACAUUGUGCGCUAAAAGAAGGUUCUCAGGGGAAAGAGCAGAGCCAGGAAGAACCUUCAGCUUUGCAGUUCAAUCACCUUCAAGUUCUGGUCCAAUCUGAAGCCAUGGAUUAAUCUCAAAGAAUCAGUUCGUUUCAUGCAACAAAUGCCCUUUUCAAUGGCACCUUUAUUUUUUAUCGUUCCUUUUCUUCAUUGCUCUGGCCCCCUCCUGUACCAUCGCCCCUACCCCAAACCCCCGUUUUGCCACAGAAAUGCAGCUCUACGGCCCUUGCACCAUGUUACAAGUCAAGGGAGGAAAUUCAUCGGGGAAAAGCAAGAGACCCCAGAAACGGUCCAGGACAAAGGGUCUGCCCGCCUCUGGCCAGGGACCAGGAGUGAUGAGCUGCCCAGGACCAGUGGCAGUCUUCUGAGCUCCAGCGGGCCCACCCUCUCCAUGCCAAGUUGUGUUGGACUCUGAAUAUCAAAAUUCUGUGGCUACACUGUACUGAAUGAAAUUAAAGAAACUUUUUUUUGCAUGGACACUGAUUAGCUGAAUACUUAAAUUAUUUUCUUGGGGCUGCACCUUGCAAAAAAAAAAAAGAAAGAAAAAAGAAAAAAUCAGCCAUUUUCAACAAUUUAUAUUAUUUUUAAAAAAUAAAUUUCACUAGUGCAUGAUUUUAAAAGGGGGAGAGAAUGCAACAGGGUGAUACAAAGACACACCAUGUUUAUUCUUUAAACUAACCAGAGUCUGUGUUUUGGCAGACAUUACAAAUAAAAAUACUUUAUAGAAGAUAACGUAAAAUUCUCUUUAUGUGACAAAUAAGUACAAUAUAUUCGAUUUGUUUCCAUGUUAAAUAUAAAAAAAAAUCUUCUGAGGUUCAAUAUGUGAAAAUUGUUGACAUCUUCUCUAGCUCACUUUUCGUCUUUUCCUUCUUUGAUGCUUUUCUUUCUCCCUACCAGAGUGAAUAUUCAAUUUAAAAAUUACAAGUUUUUGACCUGAUACUCUCUUCUACCCCAUUUUUGAUUCAGAGAUGUAGAAGCUCCUGAAUUUUUUAGUUUCAGGUGGGGGCGGGGGAAUAAAGAACUUAAUUUCAAGCAUGUUGAAAAGGAUUUGGCAACAUGACUUGGGAGUUCAUUAAAGUAAGUCCGCAUGUAUUUAAUAAGGAAGAUAUUUGAACUUUUGCAAUCUGUUGUGUAGUGCAUGGUGAUUUUCUUUUCGCCUUCAAAGUUCAGUUUACAGAAAAAUACAAAAAUCAUAUGGCCAUUGUAAUGUUUAUAAUAAAUUUGUUUUUUAACACCAGCAUUAUUCAUAUGGGGAUUCAAGUAUUCUUUCUAGAAAGUCUUUGGUUUUGUUUUUUUAAUUGAGGAAAGCAAUUUCUUUAGCCAGUUUCCAUUUAUUCUGAAUAGAAACAGUGCUAAAGUUUUGGAGCUCUUUCACACAGGGCUAUUUAUUAAUUCAUUUUUCUUCAGUAAAACUCAAUUUUUCACAAGUUAUAUUUCUAAGGAAAUAUAGUAAACAAAUUUGCAACAAAUAAUUUUAAAGCUCCAAUUUUUAAGUGACUCAAAAAAAAGUCCAUCUGCCUGCUAAUAGUUCUUUGAUGUCAUCACCAAAAGUCUACACCCAAAUCCCCAAACGUCACCCCCUGCCCUUGAUUUUACAGUUUUACCACUGGGAGUUGCUACGAGGUCAAUUUUUUUUAAGUUCCCCCAUUUAGAGGAAAAGUCACUAGUUAAUGUAAUAACCACCCAACUUUUUUGACUCUUUUGAGCGCACUGUGAUAAACUCAUUCUUAUCAAUUCCAUAGGUGGUUUAUUUGUUUGCAGUCACUUCCAAAAUCCACAUACAUGCCAUUGGUUUAUGUUAAGGCCAUGCACAAAAAUUUCUUUCUUUUUCUUUUCCUCCAUUUUAAACUUAAGGCUGACCAUUAAGAACUCUCAUGCCUGAUAAUGGUGCAAAAGUCCAAAUGAGUAUCAUUAACAAUGCCUUCUCUCUAUGUGGUGCAAUAUGAAAUAAACCAAGACUGUCUCGACAUCCUGAGAUCUCCAGCGGGCCCGGGUAGAGUUGUUCCAGGGACGGAUAAAAGUUGGUUAAGAUCAUUUAGACACUCGUGUACCAGCGACAAUUGAUUUAAAAGACCCAUAGUGUCUACUCUCUCCCUUAGAAGAAACGUUUACCAUUUUCCUGACACCAAGAUGCUGUCACAUCAUCUUUUGUGCAUAUUCCUACAUAAAUUAUUUCUAA